CUGCUAAAAACGUUCCAAGAACAAAACACAUUCAAAUUUUACACGCGCACUCAUUUCAUUAAAAAUAAUGAACUUAAUUUGCGUUUUAUUCGUCGUGUUCUUUCUGACUGAACAUUUGGAAUUCCAUGGAAACGUUGGUGUACAAGCAAUACUUGAUGGCACCUAUGUUAACAGUAUCGAAGGUGGAAAUUUUUUGGUGGGAUUUUUUUUCGAAGGCGAACAUGGAUGUGUUGGAACCAUUGUUGACAAAGAUCGUGUCGUUACUGCCGCCCAUUGCAUGCAGCGAUAUGGAUACACAUUGUCGUUUGGUUCGUUGGAUACCAGCGAUUAUUAUUACACAGAAUACAUCACUCAAUCCGACAUUGUGGUACAUCCUGAGUAUAUACGAUAUCCCCAUGUAACGAACGACAUUGCCGUCGUUUUACUCAAAUCUCCAUUGGACUUCUCGAACAAAAGAUUUGGCAAAAUACAAAUGGUCGCUAAAAAUGAUGUGCCAAAAACAGGCGAUGUUGUUAGUGUAUAUGGUUUUUCGCGGUCUGAACAUCCGUGGCGAAUUAAACAAAUCGAUAAAUUACAAUAUCGUAACUCAACAAUUUACGAUUUUUCGAAAUGUCAAACCGAAUAUGAGCAAAGAGAUGGGGGUUGGUUGGAUAAAAAUACAAUAAUUUGUGUUAGUUUGCGAAACGGUGUUCACAACCGGAAUGAAGGAGACUCUGGCGCCCCGCUUCUCACGCAAGACCGAAAAUUUCUAGGGAUCGUCUCCAGUGGAUGGCCUGAAAUGCCCGAAAUUUACACGUAUGUUGGGGCCUAUCUUGACUUCAUCGCAGAUCCAAGGGGUUUCAGCUCAAGAUAUCAUGGGUCAAGAAGUAAUCCACACUCAUUUAACAUGGGUUCGUAUGGAUACCCGUUUGGCAUGGGAUCGCACUCCUUCAAUGAAGGUGCAUACCAAAUGGAACCGAGCAGCUCAGACCCCUUUGAAUCUAGUAGCUUACACUCAAUUGAGCCAUCUAGCAGUUCACCUUCAGCUGAAUCUACUCAACCAUCAUCUAGUAGUGAUUCGACCAAGACCUCAGCUCCUGUUUUGCUUGAUAAAAUUGAUCAACAUAAGUACAUAGCAUUAAUGCUCUACGAGACGGAUACCGAUGGUCCAUACAUUAACACCGCUACCAUUUUUUCGCCUAAUAAAAUUGUGACAUCAGCUCAAAAUAUCGCUGACAAAAGUGUAUCGGUUACAUUAUCAUUUGGCACUUUGGAUGCUAGUAAUACUAACUAUACGGUGAAUGUAUCUCGCUCAGAGAUCUUCAUACAUCCGGAAUACGACGCGGAUUCUUCUCAUGCAAAUGAUUUGGCUGUCAUCCUUCUAAAGAAACCGAUCAAGUUCGGUAGAAAAGUCGGAAAAAUCGACGGUAUGGUCGAUAAAAAGUUCAUAACAGGUCCAGAUGAUGAGGUCACCAUGUUUGGUUUUUCGGAGAGUCGUCUGCGUUAUAUCAAUACGACCGUCGCCGAGUUUGUGGCAUGCCGUUAUGCGUACUGGGAAAGGAACAACUAUCGUGUACUAGAGGAAGGAAAGCAGUUUUGUGUCAAUACUGGUGGCACCGGAUUAAGUUGCGGAUACACAGGAGGACCGAUUUUUACAAAAGACAAAAGAUUUCUUGGCAUCAUUUCAUACGACUAUACAGAUUUACCCGAAAUUUGUACGUCAGUGACUGGAUCAAAUUGGGAGUUUAUUACUAACCCCAGGACCUUUAUAGCCAACCAUAAGAAGGAACUAUUGAAGGCUAAAAACAAGAAAAAGUAAAAAUUUUCUCUUAAAAAGCUAGCGAAAGCGUAACAUCUUUAAGAAUUAUGAGAUGAAUGAUUAAUAUAUGCGAAAAAACACUUGAAACGAUAAUUUAUGUGCAAUAAUAAGACAAAA